CUGGUGGCUGGUGACGGGAAUGGGAUUUAGGGGGAUAUAUGCCCUUCCCUGUAUUCAGAUGGAAGGCCGUUACUUCUUGCCCCCGGUGCUAUCCGCAUCCUCCGAGCCGACGGACUCUCCCGGUCCGGCCCCUCAACCCCCGCCCUGUCGUCUCCAAAAGUCCGUCCCGGGCCGCACGAAACCCCCGUCAAAUGAACAUCCCCCGCUCCCUAACUUCCCUACUUUUCUGACCUUCGUAGAGAAGACCAUUCUGCCUCGCCCGAACGACCUUGACCGAGAAUGCCAAAUCAUGCAGCCAAGAAACCUCAUCAUGCCAAUCAAAUCAUCUUCACCUCGGAUGAGAAGGCCUCAGCCCCCGGUGCACAAACACGACCCGAGACCGAAACCGAACGAGACUCAACCUCACCUGCUGACAGUUGCAGCUACAUCUAUCCACCUCCUUUACCUUUACGGCACCGAGCCGAGAUGCACAUUGUCUGACCAGAACGAAACAGAGAUAAGGUCAUUGUAAUCGAAUAGUUUUGUUGGAGGAAAUCGCCGGGGAGAAGGCAGACAUCACCCACCAGGAAUAACAAGCGUGUCAAUAGGGUACUCCAUGGCA